AUGGAUGAGGGGAAGCAUGAACAGGUCAGAACAGAAACUCUCCUUGACUCAGUCGUGCGGCAGCUGUCGGUGUAUGCAGUCGCCGCUAUGGGUUUAUUUCUCAUAGUAAAAGAACACUUUAUCGGUAAGUACAUUUCGAAGUCUCUCAACUUACCAUAUAGCUUGAAAUCUGGUGCUUUCGUCAAGUAUUCAAUAAUAGUUAACUUGCGUACCUUAUUCUUAGAGUUUAGUCAGUCAGUCCUUUAAUUUCCCGGGAUGAAACAGUUUUUUUCAGUUCGCCAGGGUUUAUUAUUUAUCAUUUACAAACUUUUCUCGUGUUCAUCCAACACCUCGCGUGAGUCAUUACGCCGCUAAGCUAAUAGAAAAUAUUAAUAUUACAAUGGGUUUACCAUUGCAAUAAAUGAUAGGUUUUUGACCGAACAACACGAGCUGUACCUCGAUUACUUCAUAAAAUUUGUUAAAACCUAAAGAUAGAAAACGCUCGACAAACCCGUACCAAACAUCUUUUCCGCAUCAGUUUACUACUUAUUUAAUAAGAAACAAGCACCGGGAAGCAGAAGCAGAAGAUGUAGACAUUGAUGUCGCUGCUAUAAAAGCAGAUCGAACGUGGCUUUUGCUUCAAGUCUUGGCUCGUGAUACCUUUUCUGUGUGUGGCUCGCUUAGCUUCUACCCACACGUUUCAACAUGAACAGUCGGUCUAUUUCGUUAUCUUGUAAUGGUCCUCGUGCCUUAUCGCCAUGACUAGGUUUCUAAAUCUGAAAUUUAAAAUGAAAGGAUUUCCUCCUAUUAAUAAUUUUUUAUUCUCCAAUAAUACGACAAUGCGGCCGCUUGUGACAAGCUAUAAACACAUCUAAAGAACGCCUCUAAAUGCCGAUAUUCUAACCCUUUGCUAUUCUUAUGCUGGACAUUACAAAGAUAUCUUAAGGAUAUGGGGAGACCUUGUGGAUGUUACUUUAGUAUUAUUCCCAUUAACUCUUUAACUCCCAGCCGUGAUUUAUAUUAACUUCUCCCUGUUACAUCCAUACAUUACACUGAAAAAAGGUAUUGAGAAUACUCAAACUCAUCAGGUAAAGGUUGUUGUCUUGACGUAACACUAAAUGCUCGUGACUAAUUUUCAAGGAAAUGUGUAGCAGCUAGAGGGGAGAAUUAACAAUCAGAUCUUGGGAAUUGACCAUAAAACUUGCUUCUGCGACUUAGUUUUGAGAUUUUUCGAGAAGCAAAACUGAAGGGUUUUUGUGAAAUGUAGCUUCGAUGUCUUCUUCUAGAAAUCUGUUUGAUAAACAUGGUUUACAACAUGGUUUCUUUUCGUUAAAGGUUCGCUCAUUGUCUGCCAACCAAUCAACAGGGGUGUUAAAGAGAACCUGUCCUACAGCCAAUCACAGGCAGAUUACGAUAAAGCUUAUUGCUUAAUGUCAAUGACAGAUACCCGGGAAAACCUGAUCGUCGCAUCAGGAGGUGAGCCUAACACAAUCCCUGGGGUCACCAUAAUGGGGAUCAAAUCUGAAGAAGGACGUGACAUUUAUCAGAAUUAUCUUCCAUUUGCUUUGGUCAUUCAAGCUGCUCUUUCUUGCAUUCCAACGAUUUUAUGGAACACUUGGGCUUCCGAUAUUCUUCGUACCUGUAUAAGAUUCGUGGCUGACAGCUCAAGUAAAAUUUGCCCUGUUCGAGUUGAUUCGAGCCAUUCACCAGUCAAAAGAGACCAAAGUUUUGAAAUUCUUACUGAGUAUCUAAGCAAUCAAGUUGAACGCUGGGAAGGAAGGAAAUUCCUUAUAAGAGUUUACACCACAAAGCUUAUGUUAAGUCUUGGUAUCUUCAUCUUUAUGGUGACCUUUUAUGUAGCAUAUCCUGUACUGAACUAUGUUGAAUUCCAAGGGUCUUUUGUUUGUCACGUGCACAAGCAAACCUUGGUCACGUGUGUAUUUCCUGAUGUAGACCUAUUCAAGUUAGCGUGGAUUGUGAAUAUCGUGCUUGUCGACAUAUCUAUUGCGAUCGUAGUUCUCCAAUUGUUAAACGUUGCUUUCUGUCUGCAACGAAAGACAACUUUUUUCUCCUAUUUCAUGGGAGUCGAAGAAAGAAAAAUAUCACGAAUACCCAACGAUUCGCAUUUGAUCUCUCAUUUUUGUUAUGAAAACGCUGCUGUAAUGUGUCCAAGUUUGAUGAACAGGUCUUCCAGUCCCGGAAAGACAAUGCACACCCCGCUUAUUUCACUGGGAAGUUCCGAGGAGGAGUUACACUCUCCCAGCUCAAGUUCAUCACUUUCAUACAGCACGGCACCACAGCUUUUCAGACGACAAACUGCCGACUGA